AUGUUUAAUAGCGGGCCUCGCAGACGCCGUCGAGCCGAGCAGCGCUCGGAGGACUUUCGCCGCCUACCGUUCGUUACCGAUGACGAAGUGGAAGAGGAUGAAUUCUUUUCAAUUGGGCAGCCUGUUAUAACUGCUGCAGAUGGAGACGCCUACCUCGAUCAGUUUUUUGCAUCAAAGUUUGAAAGCGAUCGCGCAAUGGUCCAUGAAGCUAUCAUGAAUCAAACUGAUGGUUGCGCUGAAAAAAUCAAGGAAUUACGAUUCCUUCUCGCUGCUGUACAAACAUUUGGUAAUGUGGAUGGGAUGUGCCUUAUGGCUGAAUAUGCGAUGAAUGAGUUUAAUCUAAGGGAUGGAAUUGUUGAUAGAGUUAGCUCACUUUUGUAUUCAAAAGCUGUAAGCAUGUUGAAUAAGGGGACGUUAUUAUAG